AUGAAAACCUAAACUGUCAACUCACUGCAUCGUAUUUAUGGGAAAAAGGAAAGAUAACCUUAAAAUUAGCAGACAUACAGUGAAUCAAACUAAGGAAUUGGUCAUAAAUUUAAAACAAGCUCUGGGCUUGAUGAAGUAUAAAUGCUUUAGUAAUAAGGCAGCCCAAAUAAUUAUCAGGGCCAAAAACAAACAAUAUUUGAGAAUGAUUUUUAUAAAAAACCCUUUAAACCAUCUGAUUUUAAGACAAGUUCUUUAUUUAACCCUUUUAAAAGACAAUCUGUAAACGAAAAUUAUGCAGGAUUAUAACCUUUGUCAGAAAAUAGAGUAAAGAUUGGUGGCUCAAAAUCCUAUCGAUUCAGAAAGCAGGAUAAUUGGAAACUUUAGAAUUGGGAAAUAACAUCUAGAGAUGAAGAAGUAAAAGAUGAUGAAAUUCAAGAGUAAUAUAUCGAUAGCCAAUAUCAAUAAUCACAGUAAGGAAAUAGUUUUAUUCAAAUUAGACAACUCAAGUAAAAAGAGGAUGAGUUAAAUAACUUCAUCUAAAAGACAGGAGAUGAGAUGAAUGAUCUAAAAAAUUAAAUUUAAGAGCAAGAAGAAAAAAUUAAUAUUUUGAAUAAAAAAGCAGAAAAAGAAAAAGAAGUUGCUAAAAAAAUGAAAGAUUAGAUUAGUACCCUAAGUUAAAAAAAUAAUAGGCUAAAGACUUAGUUACUAUAAUAAAAGCUAACAAUUGAUUAAUAAAUUUAGAAAUUUUCAGUAGCAGAAUAAGAAAUAUCUGAUAAAAAUGACGAAAUAGAAAAAUUACUAUUUUAAAUUAAAGAAAUGGAAUUGAAACAUAGAAAUUUGUAGAUUUAAAAUGAAAAAAUCGAGUAAUUUAAAGCCAACUUAAAAUAGUAAAAUUAAGAGAAUGAAUAAUUAAAGGAGGAGCUAAGCAACUUAAAUUAAGAAAAAGAUAAUUAAAAUCAAAUUAUAUAUGAGCUAAAUUAACAGAAGGAAAAUUAGUGUAACAUAAAUCUAGAAAAAGACCACAUAAUUAUUGAUCUAAAUGAGGAGUUAGAGAAUAUGAAAAUUAAUUUUGAAACAUAGAAUUAAACAAUCUAAGAAUUAACUAAGAAUUAUGAUUAAUUAAGUCAAAAUUAUGAUGCAUCCAAAUAGUAAUUAAAUAAUGAAAUUAAAACAAAACAAAAUGAAAUUAUUGAUUUAUAAAUUGAAUUAGAUGUCCUAAAACUUGGUGAUACUAUUAUAACUGUAAAUGUGAAAAGUUUUAGUACAAAUGUAAGUUAAACCUUCUAGAUGUUAUUAAGGGAUAGUAUCAGUGACCUUUACAUACUGGCUGUUUAAAAAGGAAUUCACAAAGGAUCACCUUUAGAUUGUUGUUUACUUGUGCCAUCUAAAAAUAUCAAAUAUGCUUCAUCUGAAUGGAAAUAAAGAUUUUAAGAAAUUUUCAUACCAAACGAUUACACUAAUAAAACAAUAACACUAGAAUUUUGUUAGUCUAGUUGA